UUUAGGUGGUGUAAGUAGCUUUGUAAGUCAGGAUUUGUACUCGGUGGAAUUGAUUGUUGUAGGUAAUCGAACUCGCUCUGUCAGGGUCAUCUGUGAGUUAGGUGAAUUUACACGAUCUUGGAUUUUUAUAUUUAAAUAUUUUUUAGAAGUAGAAAGUUUUUUCGUACAUUUCUUUAGCUUUUUUUUUUUUUUCUCAAAACUUUACAUAAUUUGGUUUCUUACCAAAAAAAAAUAGAAAACAUAUAAAGACAUUUUUUAAAAUUAGAUUAAUUAAUUUAAAUAUAAACCGAGGACUGAAAAAUUUCUAGUUUUUAAAAAAAAAUAAUUUGUAGUGCUUUCAAGACUUCUCCAUCACUUUAAAUAUCAAAGCCAUCUGCUGGGUAUGAAGAUCUUGACCAUUCUUAUCUGUGUUUAUGGUAAGCUUUUUGAUUCCUUCGUUAUUUAUAUUUAGAAUAUAAACACAUGAUUUAUUACGGUGGUCAUCAACAUGUUUUGAGUGAUCAGGCAAAUUGAUUAUUUUUUUAUGUAGGGUAAUGAAAAGUACACAUUAUUAUAGAAUGUAAGUUUGGAAUAAUAAAUAGGUUAGUUUCAAAAGACUGGGUCUAAAAUAUAUAAAACUAUUUUAACUACACAUAAAUAAAAGAUGUCUCACUAUACAUAAAUAAAACAUGUCUCACUACACAUAAAUAAAAGAUGUCUCACUACACAUAAAUAAAACAUGUCUCACUAUACAUAAAUAAAACAUGUCUAACUACACAUAAAUAAAACAUGUCUCACUACACAUCAAUGAAACAUGUCUAACUACACAUAAAUGAAACAUUAUGCCUAACUACACAUAAAUACAAGAUGUUUAACUACACAUAAAUAAAACAAGUCUAACUACACAUAAAUAAAAAAGUCUAACAUCACAUAAAUAACACAUGUCUAACUACACAUAAAUAACACAUGUCUAACUACACAUAAAUAACACAUGUCUAACUACACAUAAAUAACACAUGUCUAACUACACAUAAAUAACACAUGUCUAACUACAUAUAAAUAACACAUGUCUAACUACACAUAAAUAAAACAUGUCUCACUACACAUAAAUAAAACAUGUCUAACUACACAUAAAUGAAACAUUAUGCCUAACUACACAUAAAUACAAGAUGUUUAACUACACAUAAAUAACACAAGUCUAACUACACAUAAAUAAAAAAGUCUAACAUCACAUAAAUAACACAUGUCUAACUACACAUAAAUAACACAUGUCUAACUACACAUAAAUAGCACAUGUCUAACUACACAUAAAUAACACAUGUCUAACUACACAUAAAUAACACAUGUCUAACUACACAUAAAUAGACGAGGGUAAUGGUGUCGUCUAUAACCUUUUUAAAUAAAUUACCUUGAUCACUUUUCAAAUCGAUCCAUUUUUUCCUUGUUCCCCAUUGCAAGUUACGGAAGGAAAGCUUAAACAUGUCGACAAGAGAAUUGUGAAGGGCAAGCAUGUCUACAAUAGUGACAAAUAUCCAAGCAUCGCUUCCUUACAAGUCCAAUAUGAUUUAGACAGCCCGUGGGAGCAUAAGUGUGGUGCUGUGCUCAUAGGCCAGUCGAAGGUGAGCACUGAUACAAGUCCAAUAUGAUUUAGACAGCCCGUGGGAGCAUAAGUGUGGUGCUGUGCUCAUAGGCCAGUCGAAGGUGAGCACUGAUACAAGUCCAAUAUGAUUUAGACAGCCCGUGGGAGCAUAAGUGUGGUGCUGUGCUCAUAGGCCAGUCGAAGGUGAGCACUGAUACAAGUCCAAUAUGAUUUAGACAGCCCGUGGGAGCAUAAAUGUAGUGCUGUGCUCAUAGGCCAGUCGAAGGUGAGCACUGUGGGGCAUGGCUUGCAUGAAGAAGUUGUGUUGAAAGCUUUCAUAUUAGAUUGUAUUGUGAGUAGAAAUGUUUUACACAGUGCAUGAGGAGUAUUGCAUUGAAAAGUCCACACCCUAAAGCACCCAUACUAUGAAAUCGUUAGACAAAUCUUUUAACCACUGGAUCAACAUUAAACGUCAAUUAUUUUUCCUUAAAAAUGGCUUAAUUAAAAAAAAAAAACACUAUUUGACAGUUCAAUAUGCUUUGUAUAAUUAAGUUUAAAACAAAAAAUAUUUUGCAUUAAAAUAUUGGCUGUGUUCGCUUUCAAAAUUAAAAAAAAUUAAUUUCAUAAUUUAAUUGCUGUGCAAUUACAAUGGUGGCAACGAUGAGUUUUGUAUUUCCUGUCCUUUUUAAAGUUAAAAAUGAGCUAAGCUUCUUAAGUUAACAGGGAAAAUGUAUUUUGAUGAUAUAUAUAUAUAUAUAUGUAUCUAGUUUCUGGUCGCUUGAACUCCUUCCAGCUGCUGACGGCUGCCCACUGUCUGGUCAACACGCUGUUCCUGAAGAAGCGGGUCAUCCUUGGCGUCCUGAACAUCCAACCCGACCUCCACGCCUACGACCAGGUUCACGAGGUCAGCAGGUUUAAGAUACACCACGACUACGAGGAGGCCUCCUCCAGGACCUACAUCCAUGACAUCGCCAUACUUUACCUUAACACGAGAGUCAAGUUCACCAAGAAAGUGAAGGUAUACCGGCACUCACCAAAGUUAUAACUAGAGUUCACCAACAUUAGUAUACUUUAAUAUGAUCUCCCUUAACAAUAUGAUCUUUCAUGUUAGUUUUGAAUAACAUCCGGUCUACUUAUAAUGAGCUCAGGUGGGAUGUUAUUCUCUUUGUGUCUUUAAUGAUUUUGCUGAUGACGUCACUCAGUCGAAACGUCUUUGUGGUGUCCUGUCAGGCUCUCCCAUUAUAUCUUGUCCUCACUAGUUUAGUUAAUCCACGUGAACAGUCUCUACUUUAUCAUGAUUUAAUUUAAAUCAUUAAAUCAAGCAAUGGAGAAGGACGUAUCCCAAAGAGUCUGCUGUAUGGAGAGUUGGCAGAGGGGACAAGACAUAUUGGACCACCGCGCCUGAGAUUUAUUGAUGUUUGCAAACGAAGCAUGAGGGAAGCCAAUAUUGAAACAAACGAAUGGGAGUUCAUUGCCGAACAUCACGCCAACUGGCGAACAGGAGUGUUUGAAGGAGUAAAAAAAGGCAGAAAAUACUCGUAACGAGGCCCUUGAAUCAAAAAGAACAAUUCGGAAAUCAAGAAUUUACCGGGAUUCAAUAUUCUCCUGCGAGAGAUGCGGCCGUGAUUGCCUUUCAAGGAUUGACCUAGUGAGCCACCCAUCAAAGUGUAGAACUAUAUAGCUACUCCAUCGUCUCACGAAGACGGAAGGAUACCAUAUAAUAAAUCUAGCAAGUUAUUGUUGAGGUUAUAGAUUUCAAGUUGAAUUAAAUACAAUGUCUUUGUUGUUGUUUUUUUUUUCUAUUCAAUAUUCAGGUAAAAAUAGAAUCUGAAGACAUCGUCGCAGUUCUGUUAAGCAUUAAACAUUUAUAAACAAUUUUUUGAAUGCUAAAUGUCCUAAUGCCUUUCAAUACUAAAUGUUCCAAUGUCUUUCAAUACUUCAUGCUCUAAAGCCUUUCCAUCUAACAGCCGGCAUUGCUGGCUCCGAAAGGUAAGUAUUUAGAAGACACCAAAUGUGCAGUCGCUGGUUGGGGCACCGGAAGUAGUUUCAGUGACUUCUCCAAUCAGCUGAGGGAAGCCACUGUUACGGUGAUCAGCAACGAAUUCUGCAAGACCUUCUACAGAAGGCUCUACAUCCUGCCCACAAACAUGUGUCUGUUCAAUAACUUUGGUAAGAAAACAGUGGUGAUGCAUUCCACUUAAAAGAUUCUAGCUACCACAAAAUCUAUUUCAAACUUAACUGUCAAUAAAUAUUGAUAACAUUUAAAAUGUGACAUUUGUCCGGAAAAAGGAAUUGGAGCCUUCUACGGAUCCUCCAGCUAGACAUCCAAAUUGCAACUCAAAAUUUUAUCUUUUAUUAUUUAUUUUCAAAAACAUGAUUUGAACAUUUAAAAAAAAAAAUAUGUGAAAAUUUCGUAACGAAGUUAGAGAAUUCAUGUUGUGCCUACUUGCCACGGAUUAGAGACCACCAGUAUGUGGUCAGUGUUCUUUAUUUGUGCGUUGAAGUUUUCUGGCCACCACGUGGUGUCAUAAUAAUGAGGGGUAAUAAUACUGUCUUGAAGUAGGUAGCUCUAAAACUGUGCAUUUUGUUCGUGCAUUUAUUUAAGGCAUUUAUUUGAUUCCAUCCACUUUGUCUGUGGAAAAUUCAGUUAUUCAGAAAUCUUUCAUGAUUCUCUCUCGCAUGUCACCACAUUUGAAAUGAUGGACUUUCCACUUGACGCCAUGAGAAGAUGACGACAAUGACCGGCCUGGCACUUGUGAUGGUGAUGACGGAGGGCCUGCCAUGUGUGGGAAGAACUUUCAACUUCUUGCAGGGAUCACGUCAUGGGGAAAGGAAUGUGGUAAUUACGGCUUCUUUUCUCGUGGUGCUGAUGAUGGCUUGUUUAUCAGGACUUUGUGGUUCAGACCUGACUUCGGAUCCCUAAGAAUAGCCCUAGAUAUAAGGAGAACCAAAGACAGCGGUACUUUAGAACAUAUCUUAUACGACGAUUUGUGUGUUAAAACUGACAGGGGGCUUGACUUGAUUUGGAAAAGGUUCAAUAAGUAUUCUCACUUUUAAGAUUUUUUUUUAAAAUGUCAAUUUUUUGACUGGCAUUUUAUCACCUCGACACCCCCGAAUUCAAUCUGCUAAAAAUGUCGGAACUUUCCAAUGUCUCUUCAUGGGUCUAAACUUAUGAGCGACCCUCUUGCUGCUUCAGACUUUUAAAUGUAUAACUAAGCAAUGGAAAGUGUGUGUGGAAAUAAGAAUAGUUUUACUACGUCAUUAACGGACAAAGAAUCAAGCCUCGUUUAAAUUUUCUCUACUUUAUUUUGUAAAAUACGUUUUGGCAAAAUUCGCACACCGAGACAGCCAUUGUCUAUUUAUUGGUUUUCUAAGUAAUUUUUUAACAUGCCAGAAUAUUUUUUUUAAACCGCAUUUCAUUUAAAUUAUUCUCAACUAGCUAAGUUCAUGUCUGUGCAGAAAAUAUUAAAUUUGUAUUCGAACUUUUCAGCUACAUAGAGUGAUUGUCCACACUUGUAAACAUGAUUUAUUUGCUUAAUGCAUUAUUAGAAGUUUUACAUUAUUUUCUACUUUUAAUUUAAUUUUUUUUUCUAGAUUGCGAAAAGAAAAAUUUGUAAUUUAUAUUUCUUUGUUAUUAAAGAUUCUCUUCCUAAUGUGUACGUCCGAGUGUCUGAGUACUAUGACUGGAUACAGGCAAACUAAUCUGUGGAUACAGGCUGACUUAUCCCUUGCUAGUAGUGUGCACUGAA